UAUAGAAAAUACGUUGUUGCGUUCUAAUGCAAAUAUGGUGUUCGUAUUGAAAAAUAAAAUUGUUAUUAUAACCGGGGGGGCGUCCGGAAUUGGUUUAGCCAUAUGUAAAGUCAUGUUAAGGAAAGGUGUUCAGGGCGUUUGUUUGGCAGAUAUUAAUGUCGAACUUGGCGAAGAGGUUACACAAAAUUUAAACAUAGAAUUCGGCGAAGGAAAAGUUAUUUUCGUUAAAACUGAUGUCGUGGAUACAGAAAGUUUCGAAAACGUUUUCAAAGUUACUCUCUCGAAUUUUGGCAACAUUGACGUUUUAAUAAAUAAUGCCGGUAUAUUGAACGACAAAAAUUGGUCUUUGGAAGUUGAUAUCAAUCUGAAAGGAACGUUGAACGGCAUGAUCUUAGGUUUGGAUAAAUACUUAAGAUUGUAUAAACAAGAUGGAGAAGCUGUAAUAUUGAACACGUCUUCUAUUUUUGGUACCAUGUGCGUUCCUUUCGUCCCCGUGUACGCGUCUACUAAACACGCGGUGAUGGGAUUGACGCGUUGUUGGGGUCACCCUGUACAUUAUAACAGAUCCAAAGUAAGGGUAGUCGCCGUUUGUCCUGGACUUACAGAAACGCGAAUUUUAUCUAAGGUAUCGCAAGAUAUAUCGUUGGAUUUAGGUCUUGGUGAAGAAUAUGAAGUCGAUGAUGGUUUUAAGAAACUUAAAAUACAAAGUGCUGAAUUUGUUGGUGAAGAAGCUGUUAAAGUUGUAGAAAAAGCGCCUAAUGGUACGUUUUGGGUAAUAGAAAAUUCCGAACCGACUUACCAAUAUUUUUUUUCCGAAAAAAACGAUUUUAAAAACUUCACUUUGGAAUGAUACAUUUUUUGUUUAAACUUUUUUGCUAAUGAUUUAUAACAGUUGAUAGUAUCAUGUUCCAAACUGCAUUAACUGCUCAAAGUUGUAUUUUCCUAUCAUUUGGUUCAUUACAGUACAUAGUAUUUAAUUAAAAAAAAUUUUUAAUUAUAAAAACUGCAUUAAUUACCCGAAA